AUGUUCCUCUCCGGCGUCAUGAUCUUCAGCAUCUCCUUGUACUUGUUCCACAUGAGGCUGCAGGCUGAGAUAGGGACCACUCAUCAACACCAACUCAGGAACCUCACCAUUCUGCUGUGGCACUGGCCCUUCAGCCGCCCCUACAGCCUGGAGGGAGACGUUUGCAGCGACGAGUACGGUAUCCCAGGCUGCCUCCUCAGUGACAACACCUCCCUGUACCUUCAGGCAGAUGUGGUGGUCUUCCACCACCAUGAGCUGAGGACGGGUCGCUCCGCCGUGCCUCUCCAUCUCCCACGGCCGGCCUCCCAGCGCUGGCUCUGGCUCUCCCUGGAGCCCCCGGUGAACAACGGCAACCUGACCCAAUACAAAGGACUGUUCAACUGGACCAUGAGCUACCGAGCAGACGCUGAUGUACCAAUGCCCUAUGGGAAGACGGUGGAAGUUUCACCAAACAGCAACAGCAGCAGCUAUGUGAUCCCUAAGAAAGGGGCUUGCCUGGCCAGCUGGGUGGUCAGCAACUACAGCCCUGACCAUGCCAGGAGUCAAGUCUACCAGAGCCUAAGGAAAUACAUUCCUAUAGAGGUGUAUGGCCACUGGCUAAAGAGGCCACUGACUGACCAAAGUCUGAUACCCACCAUUGGCCGCUGUAACUUCUACCUGGCCUUUGAGAAUUCGGUGGCCAUAGACUACAUCACUGAGAAGCUGUGGAGGAAUGCCUACCAAGCAGGGGCAGUACCCGUGGUUCUGGGGCCCUCUCGGUCUAACUAUGAGGCCUUGGUGCCCUCAGGCUCGUUCAUCCAUGUCAGUGACUUCAGCAGCACAGAGCGUCUGGCUGCCUUCCUACAGCAGCUGGCCACAGACAGAGGGCGUUAUGAGGCUUACUUCAAGUGGCGUCAGACCCAUGAAAUCAAGACAUACACAGACUGGAGAGAGAGGCUCUGUAAUAUCUGUAUCAUCUAUCACAGACUGCCAGCUAAAAAGGUGUACUAUGAUCUGGAUGGAUGGGCCAAUAGAUAA